AGUCAUGUUGACUGUUUAAAACCACCCAACAUUAAUCAGCCUCGUCUUUAUCUAUGAAUAAUUUAUCUCGGGAAAAAAGCCCCUCCACUAGUUUGAAGUUGUCACUUUUCACAUUUGUUUUAAUGAAGCUGUCAUAAAUUAUCAAAAUGUUCAGUUGGUUGAAUCAAAAACCGGAGGUCGUACACGAAUGUUACGAGAACGUAGCCGAGGGUCUGAAAAGUAUCUACAAGAACAAGAUGCUGCCCUUAGAACAGCACUACUUUUUCGAGGAGUUCCAUUCGCCGCCCCUCAACGAUCCGGAUUUUGAGUCUAAACCGCUAAUCUUGCUCGUGGGUCAAUAUUCCACCGGUAAAACGACGUUUAUAAAAUAUCUCCUAGAGAGAGAUUUCCCCGGGAUGAGAAUAGGGCCGGAACCAACAACCGACAGAUUUAUAGCCGUGAUGUAUGGCGAGAAAGAAGGUGUAAUACCGGGGAAUGCCCUUGUCGUCGACCCCAAGAAACAAUUCCGGCCUCUCUCGGUCUUCGGAAAUUCUUUCCUAAACAGAUUUCAGUGCUCGCUCGUGAAAUCUCCCGUGCUCAAAGGGAUGUCUAUUAUUGAUACUCCGGGGAUCCUCGCAGGUGAGAAGCAACGUAUCGAUCGCGGGUACGACUUUACCGGAGUUUUGGAAUGGUUCGCUGAACGAGUCGACCGGAUUAUCCUACUUUUUGAUGCCCACAAAUUGGAUAUUUCGGACGAAUUCCGACGCUCCAUCGAGGCACUUCGAGGACACGACGACAAGAUCCGGAUAGUUCUCAACAAAGCGGACAUGAUCGACCAUCAGCAGCUGAUGAGAGUUUACGGUGCCUUGAUGUGGUCGUUAGGCAAAGUGCUGCAGAUGCCGGAAGUCGUCCGAGUGUACAUCGGAACGUUUUGGGACCAGCCCUUGCGAUACGACGUCAAUAGACGGCUCUUCGAAGACGAGGCCCAAGACCUAUUCACAGACUUACAAAGUCUACCCAAGAAUUCCGCCCUUCGCAAACUCAAUGAUCUCAUCAAAAGGGCCCGUCUGGCCAAAGUACACGCCUACAUUAUCGCCGAGCUCCGCAAGGAAAUGCCCAACGUUUUCGGUAAAGAUAACAAGAAGAAGGAACUCAUCAAGAAUCUGCACGAGAUUUAUAUCAAGAUCCAAAAAGAGCACAACAUUUCAGCCGGAGAUUUCCCAGACCUUCAGAAAAUGAGAGAAGCGCUGGCACGACAUGACUUUACCAAGUUUCAUUCGCUCAAACCGAAGCUUUUAGACGUGGUGGAUCAAAUGUUGAGCGACGACAUUGCCCAACUAAUGUCAAUGAUUUCGCACGAAGUGAAUGAAAUCAACAAAAGCGAUGUAACAGGAGGAGCGUUUGAAAAUAUAGGUGAUCACAGUUCACCCUUUGGUUACAAGAGGGGCGAAGGUGUUAAUGCUGGAAUGGGCGAACCCGAUUGGAUUGUUAACAAGGAAAAAGCGACUUUUGACGCGAUUUUUGACCAACUCUCGCCUAAUGGCACUAAAAUAUCAGGAGCGACAGCUAAAGUCGAACUUGUCAAGUCAAAAUUACCAAAUUCUGUUUUGUCAAAAAUUUGGAAAUUGGCUGAUGUUGAUAAAGACGGUUUCUUAGAUCGUGACGAGUUUGCCUUAGCCAUGCAUUUGAUUAAUGUGAAAGUGGAAGGUAACGAUUUGCCAGAUGUCUUGCCUUUGCAUCUAAAGCCACCACUAAAAAAAACGUAUUCGUGAUAGUGAUAUAAUUGUAUUAAGUGUUUUAUGACUAAAUGAAAUUUAUUUGAAAACUAUAUUGCAUGCAUAUUUUUUAAUUAAUACGUCGGCAUGGUUUUUAUGACUUUAUAGCGUGGUUAUGACGGAUUUUAUAACUCAUCUAGUGACCGCAGCACCGACUUAAUAAUGGUUUUUGCGUUUUACUACUAAUUUUCCAAUUUGCAACCUCGUAAAGGGAGUAGAGGGGAAAUUGCAUUUCGAUAAUAAAUUUCAUAAUUUAAACAAUUCGAAUUUAUUAUCUACUAUCUGAUAACAACUGUGUUUGCGUUGGUGGAUUGCUAGGUUGGUUACAAUAAUAAAAUUACUGGUAGCAGAUUUAUG